AUGUCCAAACGACCCGGUGACAAAAUCACCACAUACAAAAGCCGCAAACGCCGGCUUCCGUACAUCCACAAUUCACUCACGGAGAAAAAGCCCAAACCCGACGAUGACGGCCUCAUCGAGCUCCCGGUGUCAAAACUGAAGAGUGAAAAAUCCAAACCGAACUUUGAAGAUAUCGACAAAAUCCUUGAAAAGGAGCCGUCCUCGGACAAAAGCAUCCCGAGUCUGUACCUGCUGCUCCCGAGCAACAUCCUCGAGGGCAAUCUCGAUGCCGAAAAGCCCGUGGCGGAGAAAUACAGAGAUAGUGAUUUUCCACUACCGAAAUCACAAAAAUCGUUUACAAAACGCAUCGAGCGGCUCCUACCGGUGAUUCCGAGAAUCCUAGCCGGCGACGAAGAGCUCAGUUUCUACUACACCUUGGCCCUAGAGCAGCGGAAGGAGUCUCCCCACAAAACGAUGCUGUCUUCAGAACAGGAGAAUGUGGAGUGGAAACGGUACAUUGGCGGGUUUUACGGGCUCAAACGGCAGCAUUUCGUUUCUCGGUUGAUCAUGGCCCGCUACGGCGACGAGCUCCGCAAACUGACCAAUAAGACGAUUGUGUAUUGGGGUCCCGAGACGUUCAGCACGUAUGUUUUGGCCAACGAGUUGUUGCUACGGGAUAUGGAGAAACAGAAAGGCUUGAAGUUUGCCGAGGCCGAACGGUACCUCAAGGAUUCGAUCGAGUAUGGGUGUUAUGUUGCCGACGGGGUGGAUUUUGCCGAUGAUAUUGAGGCCGGAGACGUAUUGGGUGGAGAGAAGAGGGAUGAGUGA